UUAAAUAGGCACAACUUGGGGAGAGACGCGCGCGAUUACAUCCCAAGUUUGUGUUGAAGUUUGAAUUAAAUAUUUCGUCGUGAGACAAUCCCAAUGGAAGUACAUUGUCGCUCGCGCUGUCUGUGCCACACUUCCCGGAGUCUAUCGCAGCUGCAACUCCCACGAAAUCACAAAGUGAACCCCCACAGAGUAUCUCCAGAAGCCCCCUGAGUUGGUUGUGCGUGAUUUGUGCGGUUCUGAGGAGCGAAGGAGAGGCUAAACGACCAAACUUAUUGCUUUUUUUUACCCCACACUGUGAUUUUAAAUUUGUUAAAUUAAAUUAAAUUAAUUUAAAAAAGACGAGAAAAACCGAAAGAUUUUGUGGCGGGAAAUCUGCUCUAGGCUAGAGAGAAAAUUUGUGUGCUUGAAAAAGUGGCUCAAAGUGUGAAGAUUCUUCUUCUUUUCCAACCAAAAAAAAAUCUUUCGGGAAAUUCGACUGCAGAUUUGCCAACAUGAACAACCUCAUCAUUUGCGUGAUCCUCGUUGCGUGCGUGAUCCUCGCAGCAAUGGCCAAGGAGAUUGAUCAGCACGACAGAGAUCUCGACACAGACUUCCUGCACAAAUUGAGCCGACGCAGACUCUGUGGCACAAAAUUGUCACAAACUCUGGCCCUUGUCUGUGAGAAUGAGUACAACACCAUGCAGAAGAAAUCCUUUGAAGAUGACGAUUACGCCUUUGCUGACCAACCCCAAACAAUUGAUGAUUUACCAAUGAAAGUACCGAAUUUGCCGCUAAUCAGUCGCCUUAUGGGCAACUCAAUGCGUCCAGCGAUGUUUCGACGCUUCCGCCGGCAGGGAAUUAUCGAUGAGUGCUGCAGGAAGAGCUGUACGUACAGCGAACUGAAGGGCUACUGCGGCAGAUAAGAGCCUUCCAUGGAGCGUUGACUGAGCCACACACCACCCGUCUCUCUCUUUCUCUCUUCUCUGCCAUUUCCGGCCCACCCCACACACACACACACACACAAACAUACCCCAACUCACAGUCUCUGCACACAGGGCAGGAAAGAUUUGUUAGACCCAAAAAGUUUGUAAAAGUUUGUCAAAAAAAUAGAUCAAUUUUGCAUUUGAAAAAAAAAUUGAUGGUUAAAUGUCUUUUUAAAAAAAAUUGUUUGAUAUCUGAGGCUGAAUAGUGAGUCGAAAGCUUUGAAAAAAAAUCUGAAAAGUUAGGGAAGAGAAUGUAUUAAGAAUGUAACUGAUGGAUUCUUCAAUUUAGCUGAAUUUCUUUACAUUGAAUCAAAUGGUGCAAAGAUGGUCCCAAAAUUGGACAAAUAUGGAAUAGGCUAUUGUCAGCAAAUUAUUUUUUUAGCAGUUAUACUUUUUUGUCAGAUAAUUAAUAAUUUUCGUGGAAAAUAUUUCUUUUUCACUGAUAAAAGUAAUAUUUUUUUAUUAGUAAACUUUCAUUAUUUCUUCAGAAAGCUUUUAAUUCUUUUGUCAGCAAAUAUUUGUUGAUUCAGCAAAUUAUUAAUAUUUUGCUGAAAAAUUCAAAAUCUUUGUCAGCGAAUAUUUAUUGAGCCAGUAAAUCAUAAAUAUUUUGCUGGAAAAUUAAAAAUCUUUGUCAGCAAGCUAAAAAGCUUUGUCAGCAAAUAUUUGUUGAUUCAGCAAAUUAUUAAUAUUUUGCUAGAAAAUUAAAAAUCUUUGUCAGCAAGUUUUUAAAAGUUUUGUCAGCAAAUUAAAAAGCAUUGUCAGCCAGUUAAGAUUUUUUUUUAGCAAACUGAUUAAUGCUAGCAAAACAGGGAUCAGAAAAAUACAUAAUUUGAUCAAAUUCAUUUUGCUGAAAACUUUAGAAUUCAGUGAUAAUUUGUCAGCAAGUAGCUGAAAUGUAAGAAACAAAUAUUCUGCUUUAGAUGCUGUAAGAAAAAUAUCAAAAAAAUAAUAAAUCAUAAAUUUUCAAUUGAAGAAUUCAGAAAAUUUCAGUUUUAGCGUGAAACUUUGACAAACCUUUUACAAAUUAUUUGGCCAACUGCUGCUGUGUAGUGAUCUUUUUUUUUUAUCCUUUUUUAUGGUAAUUAUUUUAAAAGUAAAAGAAAAUAAAUUAUAAAUUAACCGCUGUCAUAA